AUGGAGCGUGGGGCAGCCCCAGGCCCCAGGCCAGGGGCCCCAUCUCGGGCCAUCAAGAAUGUUCUACCACUGACUGAGGAUUGGCUGCCAGAAGCCUCUGGGGGUGCCCCAGCCUGGGCUACUAGUCUUAAGACAGAGCUACCCUCAGAUCUAGAACUGAGUGAGGAGCUGCGGCUGCAGAUUUCCAAGGAGCUGGUUGACCUGCAAGUCACAACCCAUCGUCUGAGGGAGCAGUACGAGGCUGAAAUCUUUGAGCUGAAGAGUGAGGUGCUGCGGCUGGAGAGCCGAGUGCUGGAGCUGGAGCUGCAUGGAGACCAUGCAGCCCCAGCAAAGACUGAUCCCAGGCAUCUCCAGGCAUUUGCACAGGAGCUUGAGCAAAAGGCCAGGGGUCAGGGACACUGCAACUAUCGCAUCCUUCAGGCACAGCCCAAGGACUCCCGGAUUCCUGAGAACGAGCUGCAGAAGUUGGGAAAUGGCCUACAGGGAGAAGUGAAGUGGGUGCUGGAGCAGCACAGGGCCCAGCAGCAAGCACUGCAGAUGCACAUGGCAGCCCUUGGCCAGCAGCUGCAGGGAGCCCAAAAAGAGGCCAGGAAAGCUGGGCAGCAACUGGCUGCACAAGCCAUGGUGUUGUCCACCUGCCAGGGCCAGCUCCGCCAGGCUGAAGCCGAGAAUGCCAAGCUGCAGCUGCAACUCAAAAAGCUGAAUGAGGAGUACACCAUCCGGCUGCAGCGCUGCGCCCGAGCCCUGGUGGAGUAUGCAGAUGGUGCAAGCCAGGCACCUACAGCAGUAGCCCUUCGGACAUUCCUGGAGACCACUCUGGAGGACAUCCGAGCAGCACACCACAGCCGUGAGCAACAGUUGGCCCGAGCUGCUCGUGUCUACCGCAAACGCCUGGCAGAUCUGAGCCAAAGGCAUCAGGAACUGUUAGGUGCCUACAGUGUGCAGCAGGUGCUGGUGGACCCCAAUGGGGCUCCUGGGAUCCCCAAGGCUACCUCUGAUGCAGUCAUCUCGGACCUGGAGCCACUGCCUCUGCACCUGGUCACGGAGCUUGGCCACCUUAAGGAGGACCAGACAAAGCUGAAGACACAGCUCCAGAAGCUCCAAGUCCAGAAGAGACCUGAUGAAGCCUCCCAGGGGAGCACAUCAGAGCCACGGAGCCUGGAAGCUGCAUCCUGGGCCCAGAUCCACCAGAAACUCCAGGACUACUAUCGUGGCACCCAGGAAAAGCUGGAAAGGGAGCGGGCACAGCUGCUAGUUCGAGCCACGAUGGCUGAGGCGCAACUUUCUGAGCUUCAGGAGUAUGUGGACCAGCACUUAGGCAGGUACAAACAGGAGAUCCUGAGGCUGAGGAAACUGGUGGGUUCAGGAGACCCCCAGAAAGUGGGGGCCGCACCUCCAGCCAAGCCUCAGCACCCAAGGACCCGCAGCCGCUAGCCAGUCAUCAGAUAAAGUUGGAGCAAAACUCUUCCCCGCC